AUGGCGCGAGUUUUAUUUCAUAGAGAGAAUCGCAUAGUCCCUUUGGGGAUUAUGAUCUUUGUCCUCUUCCUUUUCUUCUAUCAUCUGGACUUGGAACAUGACGACCCAGUGAUUAGGGGUCUUCCUGAUCUUCCACAAGAUCUCUCCUCCCGGCAAUCGCCGCUCAGAGAGGAAUCAAAGCAACAGCCACUGCCCUCUGCCCAGCCUUCUCCCUCCGCUGUCCCUGUUGCCCCUCUUGUUCCUUCUUCCGAGGACCAGAAGCCGAGCACCCAUCAACAGGAGAAGCCGAAACCAAAGCAACAACAAAAGCCACAACCAAAGCAAUACGGAGACUUGAGUCCAGAUGAUGUCGUGCUACUCUUCAAAACCGGUGCCUCCGUGCUAUGGAGACGACUACCGAUUCACCUCUCCACCAGCUUCGAGCCCAGCCGUAUCCCCGCCGACAACAUCCUCAUCUACUCCGACUACCCCGAGACCAUCGGGUCAUGGCAGGUCAUCGACGUCCUGGAAAACUCAACCGAGACGGUCCUGAAAACGGACAACUACGAACCAUACCGUCAGCAACCAGACUACGAAGCGCGCCAGGUCUACGCAGAAAUGGCAAACGUAGAAGGUGACGGGAAUGGCCCCGCAGGCGGCUGGAAACUGGACAAAUACAAGUUCCUCCCUCUCAUCCAACACGCGGGUCGCGCAAAGCCCGAGGCGAAGUGGUACAUCUACAUCGAAGACGACGGCUACAUUUUCCUGCCCAACUUGCUUCUCCACCUAGAGAAGUUCUCGUGGCAGGAGCCGUGGUACUUCGGCGGUCUUGCCUGGAAACACGGUGACUAUUUCGCGCACGGCGGUGCAGGUUUCGUGCUCUCACGGGGUGCGUGGGAGCAGAGCUUCGGCUUGGAAGAGGACAUGGUCACGAAAUACGCCGAUUUCACGGAAGCCCACGGCUGCGGUGACCAUGUUCUUGGCCAUGUCAUGCAGGAUUACGGGAUUAAUUUCGGCCAGACCCAUGGCAAGUCGGAGUAUUCUUGGGGUUUCAACCCGGAACCGCACUGGGGCGGUUGGUUCCGACGCGCGAGCUGGUGUUAUCCCCUUUACAGCUGGCACCAUACGCACAGUAAGGAUGUAGCGCGACUCUACAACUUCGAACAGAGCUGGGAUUUCGAAAAGAAGGGCCAGUUCAGAUACCGCGACUUCUUCAAGGCCAUGGUCGAACCGUACAUGCGUCGUCGGGUGGAGUGGUGGGACAACCAGUCCUCCCGCUAUGAGCUCCGGUCGGACAAUAUCGCCGACGCGCAGCCUCCAGAGGGAGUGUCGAAGCAAGUCUGGAACAGUGCCUGGAAGUCGGUGGAUGCCUGUGAGGCUGCCUGCGUGGCUUGGGAGGGUUGUGUCCAGUGGACCUUCUACGAGGACCAGUGCCGUAUGGAUGAGAAUUUCAUGCUCGGCAUGGGGAUUCCCGUCGGGGACCUUCGUCGCCAGACGUCUUUGCCUAGAACUAGUGGCUGGUUGCCUCAGCGUGCGGAGAAAUGGGUUUGUGAUGCCUAG